AUAUAGAUUUCAUAUAGAAAGGCUUCACAAACGCCACCAUCGGAAAAAAAACGCCCUAAUGAGAACAUCCUCUGAAUACGGGUGCAGCUAUCGAACGCUGUCUUGAAAUUAAUUUGACAAUUUGACAUAUGUAAAUUUACAACGUAUUUACUAUUUACAUUCUGUUUCAUUUACGUUUUCAACCAUUUUCAACAGUGAACAUUUUGCAACAAUUUUACUGUAAAUUUUAACUUUAAAGUGCUUUGGAUUAUUGUUGAGGCUGAAAAUUAAUUUGAAAGUACAUUUUACAAAAUGGGUAAACAUGAAGUUGGAACCCCCAAAUACAUUGCCAACAAGAUCAAAUCAAAAGGUCUUCAAAAAUUACGAUGGUUUUGUCAAAUGUGUGAAAAACAAUGUCGUGAUGAAAAUGGUUUUAAAUGUCAUACAAUGUCAGAAUCUCAUCACCGUCAACUUUUACUUUUUGCUGAUAAUCCUCACAAGUAUAUGAAUGAAUUUUCAAAAGAUUUUUCAAAUGAUUAUUUGUAUUUAUUAAAACGACAAUUUGGGACAAAACGUGUAUCAGCAAAUAAAGUAUAUCAAGAUUAUAUUUCUGCUCGUGAUCAUAUACAUAUGAAUUCAACAAUGUGGUUAAGUUUAACAGCUUUUGUUAAAUGGCUUGGUCGAACUGGUAAAUGUGUUGUUGAUGAAACAGAACAAGGAUGGUUUGUAACCUAUAUUGACAGAGGUCCAGAAAAACUUGCUGAAGAAGAAAAAAAAGUCAAAAAAACAAAAAUGGACAAAGACGAUCAAGAAAGAAUGAUGGAUUUUAUUGAAAAACAAGUUAAAAAAGGACGUAAAGAAGAUAAUAAUAAUCCUGAUGAUAAUGUUGUACCUUUAAUGCGAUCAGAUGAAGAUGGUCCACUUAUUUUAGAUUUCAAAUUAAAACCAAAAAUAUCAGUGAUGGGUCCACCAUUGGCAUUUGCACCAAGAUCCGUAGAAUCAAAGUUAAAAAUUAAAAUUAAAGAUGAACCACUUGAUACUAUUGAAAAUAAUGAUUAUCAUAGUGAAUCAUCAUCAUCAUCAUCAAGUUCAUUAAGACGAGGCUCCAAAAGACCACACGAAGAAAAUGAUAAAAAAUCAAUUAAAAAAGAAACAGAACAACAAUCUGGAUGGUUAAGAAGAAACUUAGUUGUUAAAAUAAUCACAAAAACACUUGGCUCCAAGUAUUACAAGGCCAAGGGUGUUAUUCAAGAACCAGUACUAGAAUCAGGUUUUGUUGGAACAGUAAAACUCAUAUCUCCAGAUAAUGUUAAUGGGCAUGUUGUUAAAUUAGAUCAAGAGCAUCUUGAAACAGUUAUACCUACUAUUGGCCGAGAAGUUUUAAUUGUCAAAGGUUACAAAACUGGAUCCAUUGCUAUUAUUAAAAAAGUUAGAAUUGAUGAAUUUAGUGUUGACGUUGAGCUUAUUAAUAAAUCUGUAUUAAAAAAAAUUCCUUAUGAAAAUAUUUGUAAAUUUAUCGGGAGGGAAACCCGGUAAGUUGAUAAGUUAAAUAAAUAAAUUUAUUCUCAUAAAAUUAAUG